AUGGAGACCAUCGAGGCAAACCACACCAUCGAUGCCUUGAAUUCAAUGUUUGAUAGUCCGGCCCGCUUCGCCGACAAAACGACGGGGGAGUUUUUGGCUGGUGCCUCGGCUGCACAGGUUGAGGCUUUACGCCUGGUUGAGCAGGCAGUUCAUGACAUGGGGCGGCCUCCGGUCGGCGUGUCAUGCUCGGGAGCGCUUCGGCAGCUCCGGGCCGCGAGUGGAUACACUGACCCUGACGUCCAGUCGGUGGGUUCGCUCGCAUCCUACAAUCCCGAAGGUGUUUCUUUGCCGGCACCAGGCUGGAGCCCCAUUUCAUUGGAGGCUUUAGGGGGCGCCGACGGGCCACAAUUCGUUGACUUUCUUCAACGACAGCUGCUGCCUCUUGAUGACGCCCUGCAGCGGGUCCAUGAUAGUGGAGUUGAGCAUCCAUACUCCGACCCCCAGUUCAAGAACCCUGUGGUCUACCGAGAUUUCUUGCGAAGGCUGCGGGACUCAAACCUGAUUGAUUACACGAGCACUCCUUGUCGUGAGAUGGUGGCUGUUUUCUUUGUGGCAAAGAAGCUAGGGCGCUUACGCAUGAUCAUUGACGCUCGACGUAGCAAUGCUCACUUUGCCGAUCCUCAGUAUGUGCAGCUGGCUACCGGCGACAGUCUGAGCAGGAUUGAGAUUGAGCCCGGUGAUCGCUUGACCAUCUGCACCGCCGACCUGAAGGACGCCUUCUAUCAUCUAUCCUUGCCUGAAGGCUUAAGAGGGCUUUUUGGGCUUCCUCGGAUCGACUGCCGCUAUCUUCCUGAGGCGAAGGUUGGCUCGGAGAGAUGGGUGUACCCUAGAUUGGCGGUGGUUCCGAUGGGGUGGUCUUGGGCACUUUUCGUAUGUCAAACCUUGCACGAAAGACUGGUUUUGCGCUCCGGCCUCAAGGACUCUGCUUGUCUUCGCGACCGCAGGCCCACGCCGGAUGCCGAGGUUCUCCACACUGAGUACGUCGAUAAUUUGAUUGUGCUCGGCACCGAAGCGUCUCAGGUCCAGGCGGCGUACCAGAAGGCUGUGCAGGAGCUCAAGAACGCCGGGUUGCAGGUGCACGAAGAGGAAGUCAAUGACUCAGGUGCCAUAAUCCUCGGAUGGGAGUUCUGCAGCAACGGAGUCUUUCGUCCAUCCAGGCACCGAGCAUGGAAAACUCGACUCGCAGUCCGAGGGCUUCUUCAACAAGGUCGGGUCACGGGCAAGGAGGUUGAGAAGGUACUCGGUCAUUGCUGCUUUAUCUGUCUCGGUCGACGGGAGGCUCUAUCUGUUUUCGGCGAGGUUUACCGCUUCGUGCAGGACUACCGUGGCCACCCAAAACAGGUAAGGCUCCCCUCUGCUGUACGUCAGGAGUUUCUGAAGUGGGAUGGGAUCCUGCCACUCAUCUUCCGCGACCUCGCAUCGCAAUGGUCUGAGACAGUUCAUGCUGUUGAUGCUUCAGAAUGGGGGCUCGGAGUCGUCGUUGGUACUGUCCCCCGCGCGGAGGUUCGGCGGCUGGGCAAAUACAAUGAGCGUUGGCGCUUUCGCCUCCCAGGCGGGGCCCGGCCUCGCUCCCAGACUCUUGCUCCGGGGACCGAUGGAGCCAGGUGCUCAGUCGAGGAGGCGACCGGUGUGGAGGACGUGCUCAAUGACGAGGACCAGGCCUUUGACAGUUUUGAGCCCGUGACGUUCGAGACGGUCGACCGCACCUGGGUCGUUACUGGCAGGCACAAAUGGCGCCGUCCUCUGACGCUCCCGGUUGCUGAAGCCAGGGCCUCACUCAACGCUGUCAAGCACAUCAUUAGGACGCAAGCCAACUGGGGCGGGAAACAUUUGCUGCUCUCCGACUCAAUGACGGCUGUGUGUGCACUGUCCCGCGGGCGGGCCCAAGGGUUUCAGCUGCGCCGGGUAUGUCAGCAGAUCGGGGCAAUUGCCUUGGUCACCCGCUGCGUAUUCGCCUUGCGGUGGGAUCCUGGACGGCUUCGCAACCCUCGCAGUAUGGUUCUCUACAGAUCUCCGCUCCUUCCUCGAGCGAGCUCCUUUCAGAAGCCACCGGAGCCGAAAAAGGCGCCUCCGGCGGCAACAGUGACACCUCAAAACCCGGGCGAGCUCAAGAACCCCAGUGCACGGAAGGCAGCUCGGCGGGUGGCGCGGGCCAGAGUGAAGACUUCGUGCCCGGAGAAGACACUCCUGGAAACGGCGUCGGUGAGUGCAGCGUGCUUCCGGCGCUACCAAGUGGCGUGGAUGGCUGCACGCCAUCUGGUGAUGUCUGUGACGGGCACGCUCAUGCCCACCGCCGAGCUCGAUGCGAACCUCGCCGGCCAUCUGGAGCACCUCUUCUUGGAGGGCGAGGACCUUUCGGCUGCCCAGUACCUCAUUGCGGCGAUAUGUUUCUUUGUGCCCGCCAUCAAGGCCAUGGGAAUGCAGGCGCUGCCACGGGUCAGACAGAGCAUUCAAGGGUGGCGCCGCCUCUGUCCGCCACAGAGUCGUCUCCCGGUCCCGUUCGAAGUGGUCGCGCUGGUGUUUCUUUGGGCGGUGGAGUCCCAGAGGAUCGCCCUGGGUUUCCACCUUCUUCUCAGCUUCAUGCUGUACCUUCGUCCAGGGGAAGCUUUGGGCCUUCGGGCGAAGGAUGUGGUGCCACCUGCAGGCAGGCGGAAAAAGUCAUCUCCCUGGACCUUUGUACUGCACCCUCUGGAAGUGGGCCAGGCCUCAAAGACUCAGGAGUUCGACGAGACCGUCGGCCUCGACUUACCGUACCACGCAGGCGUGGGGGAAGCCAUGUACCGGGCUAUGCAUCUCCAGCGCCUCCACGAGGACCAGAAGGCCUGUUGCUUGGCAUACAUCUUGGCACGCCUUGCUCCAGUUUUUCGCGAGCUCGAGAAUGCCAGCCGGGACCUCUGUCUUCUCGUUUGUGGAACUGCCCUAGCAUCACUCGUCUUCUUCGGCGAAAACAAGUACAGUGCUGGGAACAAAGCGUGGCCCGUGUGCGGCCUCGGGCAGGCCCCACCUUCAUCUGGCUGGGCAGGCAAGGAUGGCAGCUACAUCAAGUUCAGUGAGAACUCCUUCGUUUGCAUCUCGAAGAACAAGGCGAAGGGGACGAAGAUCAAAGGUCCGCUUUGUUACGAGAUCCAGAACAACUGUAAGUCACUCGCCCGAUGGAUUUUCUGA